AUGGCUCAGAGAAACAUUAUUUGUUCAGUGCAUUACAAUGGUGUUAUCAGUAACGAUCUAACCAACGGUUUUUCGUUUAGCAAUACCGAAACAAAACGUUUCAAAGUGCAUUGUAGAGCCGAUUUUAUGCAUUUGAAGGAACGGAUCGAAACAAAAUUGCAACUUCCUGUAAGUGAAAUUAUUUAUCGACUUCCGUUGUUUAAUGGAGACAGCGGUAUCAUUUUUUACGUCAUGAAACCAAUAGAGGACGACGAUGGCGUUAAAGUGAUGUUCGAAUGUCACAAUUCGUUUGCUCCUCUUGACGAUACCGAGCUAUAUGUUCAUAUAGUGGACGAGUACAGUGAGGAUGAAAUACAAGAAGUGCAAUAUGAAGAUCUUUUUGGUGAUGACAAUGACCCUGAUAUUGUUGAGCCGUCGCAUCCUACAAUUGCACGACCGAUUAGCAUGUACGCCCCACCGGAUCACAUGCGAAAUAUCUGUUUAGAAGAGGCACAGUCUGAAUCAAUAUUUGGUUCGCACAUAACAAACUAUAGUCAUGUUGAUUUAUAUGAGGGAAUGGAGUUUGAAGACAAGGAGGAGUGCGUUGCUGCUAUACAACAUUGGCAUAUCACCAAUAAUCUUGAUUAUUGGGUAUACAAAUCUGAUACGAAGAGAUAUGUCAUCAAAUGCACAAAUCCAACUUGCCAAUUCAAAUGUAGAGCAUCAGUUCGCAAGAAGAAUUCUAAGUGGAUGAUAGGUAAGUUGAGUGGACCACAUGUCUGCACAACCACUUCAAUGUCGCAAGACCAUAGACAACUUACCUCAGAUAUUGUCUCUCACUGCAUCAGAGAUCUGGUUAACACCGACCCAUCAAUUAAGGUAAAGCUCAUAAUUUCUCAUAUAACAGGAAAGUAUGGUUAUAAUAUAUCUUACAGGAAAGCGUGGAUUGCAAAGGUAAAGGCCAUAGAAUCCUUGUAUGGAAACUGGGAGACAUCUUACAAUGACCUUCCACAAUGGUUAUUGGUAAUGAAAACAUAUCUGCCUGGAAUGAUAAUAGACUUGGAAACGUUACCUGCAUUUUCAAACGAAGGAAGCCAGUUGGGUGAUAAGAUGAUAUUCCAUCGUCUAUUUUGGGCUUUUCAACCAUGCAUCCAUGGUUUUGCCUAUUGCAAGCCAAUUGUUCAAGUCGACGGAACAUGGUUGUAUGGAAGGUACAAAGGGACAUUGUUGAUGGCUGUGGCGCAGGAUGAGAAUGGUAACAUUUUUCCAAUUGCUUUCGCUAUUGUCGAGGGUAAAACCAAGGAUGCUUGGAGUUUUUUCCUUCGUAAUCUAAGAAGCCACGUGACACCCCAACCCAAUCUAUGCCUAAUAUCAGACAGACAUCCAUCGAUUAAAAGUGCCUAUGAUGAUCCUGCAAAUGGAUGGCAAAAUCCUCCGUCUUCACAUGUCUAUUGCAUUAGAUAUGCAUUGACGGAGUCAACGUACAAUUACUAUAGAACCGAAAUUCGUCUGACAAAUAUAGAUGCUUUGGAGUGGAUUGAAAAUAUCCCCAGGGAGAAGUGGGCAAGGGCGUUUGAUAGAGGGCAACGAUGGGGACACAUGACGACUAACCUUGCAGAAGCAAUGAACUCUGUGCUAAAGGCAAUCAGAAAUCUUCCAAUAGCGUCUUUGUUUUCGGCCACAUAUUUUCGGAUGGGAGCAUUAUUUGGUCAACGCGGACAUGAAUGGACAAAGAGGUUGACAUCAGGCCAAACUUUUACAGACAAGUGUAUCAAGGGGAUGACUGAAGAAGUCAACAAAGCAAGCAGUCAUAAUGUUUACCAGUUUGACCGGGAGAGGUUCUAUUUUAUGGUGGCCGAAAGAAUAAACCGCAACGAUGGUCGUCCAACUGGUACUUAUGGUUUUGAUCUGCGAAAAAGAACAUGUGAUUGUGGAAAAUUUCAAGCGUUCCAUUUGCCUUGCUCACAUGUGAUUGCAGCAUGUGAAAGUAUACGCCAAGACUACACCAUUCACAUACCCGACGUGUUCAAGAUACAGCAUGUUUUUAAAGUCUACCAACAAAGCUUCCAGAUCCUCCCACAUCAAGACAAUUGGCCGCAAUAUAGAGGGCCUACUCUUUGUCAUGACGAAACUAUGCGUAGGAAAAAAAGAGGACGCCCUAACAGUACUCGGAUUCGAACCGAAAUGGACGACGUGGAAAAGGAAAAGAGAAUGUGUGGGAUAUGCCGUGAAGUAGGCCAUAUCCGAAGUAAAUGUCCAAAUGUAGUAGGCCCGUCCAAUAGGCCUAAUUAA